AUGGAUGUGGCAGGGCUUUUGUCCUCAGAGCCUUUGGCCAGUUUGGAUCCUGCAGUCCGAAGCUUCUUGGCCGAGUCUUUGGCAGAUGCCUCCACAGUCUCCGAGACAGCGGAGCUGUUGGCGCCCUUCCUUGCCGACGCUGAGCUCGGGGACGAGAAGGAGACUUUAGCUCUUUGCAAGCGCUUUGCCAAAGCUGAAAGCGCUGCAGCCACCGGUGGUUACGCAAAACGGCUCAGUGGCAAGGUUGCCCAACUGUGUGAGGAACCAGACUUGGUCGAGGAAAGCUGGCCUGAAACCACGCCUGCGCCGUCUGCGCCGUCCAAGACGAGUGCGAAGGGGCGAAGCGUGGCACUCCGCAAGGCGGACAGAGCAGCACUGGAAAAGGCUGCAAUGGCUUCAGGAGCUCGCUUGGAACUGGUGGAAGCUGAUAGCACUUCCAUCGCCAAAGCCUUCCGUGCCUGCGUGGAGCUGCGACCAUGGAUCGAGGAAGAUGCCGAACGUUUGGACAUGCUCGGCGCAUCCUUUCUGGCGUACGCGGACGAGCACUGCGACGAAAAGCUUCCCAGGUGGGCACGACUCUUGCAGGACCUGUUGGACGAAGCUGGUGUAUCUGGAAGUCUGGAUGAGGAUGAGGAUCUGUCCGCUUUGGCCACAAAAGCUGUCACACAGCUCGUGAAAAGUGGUCUUCUGCAAGCGAAGAAGAAGACCUGUGAGGCUGGAGAUCCUGUCUGGGCAUUCUUGCCGGAGGACGAGGACUGGCAUCCAGCAGUUGUGGAGUCAAUCCUUGAUGAUGGACGUUUGAAAUUGAUUUUUAUUGAGUAUGGAAAGCCACAAGAAGCUGGGCCCGAUGAAGUCCGGGCCAUGGAAGAUGUGGCGGACGAGGGUGAAGAAGGGGAAGGCGAGCCUUCUGUGAGCGAGACCUGA